GUCCAAGAGAUAAUAUAUAUCACGCGCCUCACACACACACACACACACACACCGCAAAUAUCAUUAUACACAAUCACAUCGUAUGUUCAUCAUCUGACUGUUUAGAAAUGAAAGUAAGAGAACAAUCAGGACAGGCUUGGGUUCUCACUGAUCUGCGUCUGUUGUAGUCUAGCGUUUAUUUUUACACUUAUUUUACAUCUGAUUGCUGUGAUUUACUGUAACAGAGGAGUCUUUGUGUCCGGAAUGCUGUCGAUUAUUAUCGUUUUACUGACUCUCCUCAUAGAGACUUCAGUGUCGUUGACUGUCAAGGUUCCUCCUGAUCCUGUAGUGGCUCAUGUGGGAUCCACAGUGACUCUUCCCUGCUGGAUCUCUCCUCCUGAGAGCGCUGAAGCUCUGGAGAUCCGCUGGUACCGUCACGAUCAGUUCAACAACCCUGUUCUCCUCUUUAAUUAUGGGAAGAUCCAGGACGUCCAGGAGAAACAGUACAGGAACCAAAGCUCUUUGACUCUGCGGUCAGAUCAGUCUGGUGGACUGAAGGAUGGAGAUGUCUCUCUACAGCUGGAGAAACUCAGAGUACAAGAUGAUGGUUCAUUUCGUUGUUAUGUGAGUGGAGAAAAUUCAUAUAGCAGUGAAGAGGUGUUUCUCAAAAUCACUGCUUUAGGAUCCGCUCCUGUCCUGUCUCCAAGGCCUCUAGAUGAUGGGCGUGUGAACAUCAGCUGCAGGUCCAGCGGCUGGUAUCCAAAGCCCAGUAUCACGUGGACGUCAGAUGAAGGAAGGGCUCUCGGUCCUGGAGGAACGUCUCACAGUCGUGGAGCAGAUGAGAUGUUCUCUGUCCACAGCUGGACGGCCGUCUCUCUCUCAGACGCUCAACAGGUCUCAUGUUCAUUCUCUCUCAGAUCUGGAGAGUUAAAAGAAGGAAGACUGAACAUACAGGGCAUCGUAUCUUCAGUGUCGUUGACUGUCAAGGUUCCUCCUGAUCCUAUAGUGUCUCAUGUGGGAUCCACAGUGAUUCUUCCCUGCUGGAUCUCUCCUCCUGAGAAUGCUGAAGCUCUGGAGAUCCGCUGGUACCGUAACAAUCAGUUCAACAACCCUGUUCUCCUCUAUAAUCAUGGGAAGAUCCAGGACAUCCAGGAAUGUUUCAGGAAACGAAGCUCUUUGACUCCGCGGUCAGAUCAGUCUGGUGGACUGAAGGAUGGAGAUGUCUCUCUACGGCUGGAGAAACUCUCAUAUCAGGAUGAAGAUUCAUUUCACUGUUAUGUGAGCGGAGAAAGUUCAUAUGACUGCAAAAUAGUAGAUCUCAAAAUCACAGCUUUAGGAUCCUCUCCUGUCCUGUCUCCAAAGCCUCUAGAUGAUGGGCGUGUGAACAUCAGCUGUGGGUCCAGCGGCUGGUAUCCAGAGCCCAGUAUCACGUGGACGUCAGAUGAAGGAAGGACUCUCCAUCCUGGAGGAACAUCUCACAGUCGUGGAGCAGAUAAGAUGUUCUCUGUCCACAGCUGGACGGCCGUCUCUCUCUCAGACGCUCAACUGGUCUCAUGUUCAGUCUCUCUCAGAUCUGGAGAGUUAAAAGAAGGAAGACUGAACAUACAGGGCAUCGUAUCUUCAGUGUCGUUGACUGUCAAGGUUCCUCCUGAUCCUAUAGUGUCUCAUGUGGGAUCCACAGUGACUCUUCCCUGCUGGAUCUCUCCUCCUGAGAACGCUGAAGCUCUGGAGAUCCGCUGGUACCGUAACGAUCAGUUCAGCAACCCUGUUCUCCUCUUUAAUUAUGGGAAGAUCCAGGAUGUCCAGGAGGAAUCAUACAGGAACCGAAGCUCUUUGACUCUGCGGUCAGAUCAGUCUGGUGGACUGAAGGAUGGAGAUGUCUCUCUACAGCUGGAGAAACUCAGAGUACAAGAUGAUGGUUCAUUUCGUUGUUAUGUGAGUGGAGAACAUUCAUAUGGCAGUGAAGAGGUGGUUCUCAAAAUCACAGCUUUAGGAUCCGCUCCUGUCCUGUCUCCAAAGCCUCUAGAUGAUGGGCGUGUGAACAUCAGCUGCAGGUCCAGCGGCUGGUAUCCAAAGCCCAGUAUCACGUGGACGUCAGAUGAAGGAAGGGCUCUCCGUCCUGGAGGAACAUCUCACAGUCGUGGAGCAGAUGAGAUGUUCUCUGUACACAGCUGGACGGCCGUCUCUCUCUCAGACGCUCAACUGGUCUCAUGUUCAGUCUCUCUCAGAUCUGGAGAGUUAAAAGAAGGAAGACUGAACAUACAGGGCAUCGUAUCUUCAGAUUCCUCAGGUCCAUGGAAGGCUCUUUUCUUCUCUGUUCUCAUCUGUGCUCUUCUGGGUUCAGUUGGGUUCAUCCUCUACAAAUACAGAGAGAAACGAACAGGAAAGAAACCAGCUACAGAAAUUUGUGAGGAGGAAACUCUGGAGAGACUGAUAAAAGAAGUUGUGGUUGACAUAACUAUAGAAGAACUGAGGAAGCAUGCAGUUGAGAUCACUAUUGACCGUGAGAGUUUACAUCCAGAUCUGACGGUUUCUAAAGACUGUAAAAUCUUGAGGGACAGUGAAGGUUAUAAUCACACUGGAGAGGAAUUUCCAUUUCAAUUAUGUGCUUUUGGAGCCCAAAGAUUCUCCUCUGGUCGUCACUAUUGGGAGGUAGAUCUGGUACGUUCCCCUAAUCCUCCCAAAAACUUCUGGAUAAUUGGUGUGGUGAAACAUGGAAACCUUAUUACAAAAGACAGAUCUGCUUUAACUCCAUCAGCUGGUUUCUGGUUCUUGUGUUCAGACGGUCCUCGUGGCUUUUACACCAACACUGAUCCACCAGUUAAACUCUCUCUGACACUGAGACCUGAACGACUGGGAGUUCUGUUAGAUUAUGAUGACGGUCAGCUGUCGUUUUACAACGUCACAGAGAAUAAACAUCUCCUGACCAUCAGCAGCAGAUUCUCUGGAUCAGUCGUUCCUCUGUUCAAUCCUGGAGCAGGUGACAAGAGUCCACUUAUAAUCCUGGAUUGUCCAAAACCUGAAGAACCAGCUGAAUCCAGUCAGCCUUUACUGAGUAAUAACAGCUCAGACGCCUGACUGACCAAUGCAGUUUAAACAGAAGGACAUACGUGCAUUAAAAAUACCUGAUGCAUGAAAACCUACAAACUACACGAAUAUAAAACAAUUUACUGGUAUGGUUCAGACAACGUAAUUUUUAAGAGUAGGUUUGAUUUCUACUGGUCAUGCGUCAUCAAUUCAAUCAAAAGUCAAUUUAUGACAACUUCACAUGACGUCAUCCAAUCCUACAGUGUCACAUGACAACAUCAAAUCAAAGUGCUUCACACUUGAAUCCUUACUUGUUUCGACUAGAAGAUACUCCUAAUCAGACUAACUAAACAAAUA